AUGCAUUAUCUCACAGCAGCACUGUUCACCCUCGCUUCUUUAUCCUCCAUAAUUCCGCUUUGUUCUGGCGCUACACUUCACAAGCGUGAGGACCCUCUUACCCUCUAUCCAGAGAUAAAUAGCAAAAAUGGUGGUGUUCGGCUUGAUGAAGGGAAGUGCUACGCAAAGUCCGACCAGUAUUCGACCGACUGCUCCGGCAGCUAUGUGAGGCACCUGCUGGCUCCGGGUGUCAAGGAUACACCAGCCUAUUUAAGGGAUGUUCACGCAGACGUGAACUCUAUCAAGUGUGAUCAUCUUGCGCCUAAAUAG